CAAUUUCAUUCAGUAAAAAAACUCCAAAGGAAGGGUGCUGAAGUUUCGUUUUCAUGUAGAGCUUAAAUUAAAAUCAAUUUUAAACCAAUGAAGUUAAUGAAGUCCCUAACUAAACCGUAGUUUGCUAAACAAUGGAAUUCGAUUGGAAUAAUUAUUUAGAAGAUACAAAAAGCGUCGCUGUACCCGAAGAAUUAUUUUCUCAUGUGGAAGCGAGCCUCAACAAUGGCAUCAAGCAGGGCAUGCUGCUGGAAGUGUGCCACAAGACCAACCCGGACAUGUACUGGAUAGCAGAGAUCACCAUGGUCUGCGGACAUCUGCUGCGGAUCAAGUUUAUAGGCGCGGAAACGGACUUCUGGUGCGACAUAUCCAAGACGAAAGUCCACCCGCUGGGCUGGUGCGGCAAGUGCGACGAGCUGGUCGAGCCGCCCGACGACAUCAACGCGCGCUGCGGCAACGGCAUCAUCGAGCUGAUGAAGCGCGCGCUGCUGGUGGGGCAGUCGGUGGCGGCCGACGCGCUCGCCAACAAGGGCCUGUCGCCCAUCGACCGCAUCAAGCAGGGCAUGAAGGUCGAGAUGCAGAACAUCAUCGACCCUUACCGAUACUGGAUCGCUACGGUGUGUGAGAACGCCGGCGGGCGGCUGCUGCUGCGCUACGACGGCGCGGACGAGGAGCUGCCGCAGUGCUGGAUGUUCUUCUGCAACCCGCGGCUCAGCAGCUUCGGCUACGUCACCAACAAGGGUUCGCCGUGGCAGUUCAAGUACCCGGGCAAGGUGAACAAGUUCUCGUGCAAGAACAAGCUCAGCGCGCAGCUGCGCCAGAGCGCCGAGGAGGCCAUCAGCGAGCCCACGCCCGCCGACCUGUUCCAGCCGAGCCAAACCCUGGAGGCUCACAGCUUCUCCACCGGUAUGAAGCUGGAGGCGCUCUGCCCCGGGGACUUCGCCCGCGUGCGCCCCGCCACCGUGCUGAAGAUAUUCAACAACCUGCACUUCCUCGUGGUCAUCGACGACCACCACGACGACUACGAGGAGACCAAGAUGGCGUGGCUGUGCGACAACAUGCAUCCGUACAUAUAUCCUAUAGGAUGGGCGCAGAGGAACAAGUUGGAGCUGAAGCCGCCCAAGGUGUGGAAGGAGGGCACGUUCGACUGGGAGGAGUACCUCACCAUGACCGCCUCGGUGCCUGCGCCCGACUACUGCUUCGGGAACAAGGAGUUGCCCAAAGGUAUAGAAGUGAACAUGAAGCUGGAAGCCGUGAACCCGCUGAAGCACGAGGAGAUCCACGUGGCGUCCGUGGAGGCUGUCGUCGAGCACAUGCUGUGCGUGCAGCUGCUGCCCAUCGGGGAGAAGUACUGGUACUCUGCGGACAGCGACCUGCUGUUCCCGGUGGGCUGGUGCGACAGCAACGGCUACGAGCUGCACAUCCCCGACCCGCAGCCGCCGCCCGCGCCGCCGCCGGAGCCGCGCGCGCCCGACCACAGGCCGCCCGACGAGUGGUGCGACCGGAUCUUCUUCAACUACAAGUGCUAUGCAGGUCCAUCAAUAAGUAGGAACAAGCUGUCUCAACUCCCGAAAGCGGUCGGUCCGGGACCCUUGCUGCUGGUCCUCAAAGAGGUGCUGAACAAAAUCAUAUCAGCUUCAUACAAGCCGGCCAAGCUGCUCAAGGAUUGGGAGACUGAGGGACCUCCGGAGGAAGGCAUGCGGCUUGAAAUGCUUAGAGCCAAACUCAAAAGCAGCACAUACCACGCGUACGUGCCGAUAGCGACGACGUCCGACCGCGUGUCGUCGUUCUGUCGCGAGGUGUGCGUCAAGCUGCAGGCGUGCCCCACGCUGUUCGGGCCCGUGGAGUACCAGGAGCAGUGCCCCAACCAUUGCCAGCAAGUUGAGAAGUCUACAUUCCAUAACGGUACAGAGAGGCGUGGCAGGCCGAAGGGUAGUGUGAAUGGGAAACGAAAAAAGAAGAAGGGGGCUCCAGAGAAGCGGGAGAAAGAACAACCACCCAUACAAGAGGUAGAGAACAUCAGAGACAGAGAGUCAGUUGAAAGCGAACACAGUGCGGGCUCCACACCACCCUCGGAAAGCGGCACUAGACCCAACUCACCAGACAGUGUCACAGAUUACAAAAGGAGUACAAGGAGAAAACGCGAAGCCAAAAACAAUUUCCCCAAAAUGGAAAUGAAAACCCGUGGAGCUAAACUACCUAACUUUGCUCUACAAAUGAAAGAAGCGCACUGGGAUAAAAAGGACGUAGAGACAAUCUAUGGCAAUUCCUGCGCAAAUAAAAAACAAAACGAUAGUGAUACAGAAAAUGAGACCAACGAAAGCAGUUGCAAUUCGAGGGACGCCAAAAAUAUUUCGGAUGUGUCGGAUUCGGAAGAACCUGAAUUGAAAAAGCUCAAGUUUCAUACAGAUGAUCCGCUGCCGACGGAUAAUAAAAUGUUUGAGAAAGACACAGCACUGACUUUGAUGAAGGGCAAAAUGAAAAUGAGCCGCAACCCGCUAAAUUGGUCCAUUGACGACGUAUACAAUUAUCUCAUCAACACAGAGGACUGCAAGCUUAUCGCCGACAAAAUGAAGCAAGAAGAAAUAGACGGAGAAGCGUUCGUGAUGCUCGACCUGCCCACAAUCACGGAUUUUUUACAUAUGAAAAAAGAGUAUGCAAUUCAACUUUGCAAACACAUUACAAUGAUUAAGUGGUAUUGUAUAGAUCAUUUUGAGGAAAACGGCGAUACUUGAAUUUAUUUAUUUUACCUGUUAAUGUAUUAUUGUCUAGUCGCAAAUAAAUUUGUUGAAAUUU